UGUUGAUCACCACACACACAUCUCGCUCUCUCUGCUUGCUCGGCACUCGAUUGGUUUCCACUGGAGUGACCAUGGCUGACACAGAGGAUAAUGUUUCAAUUCCUGGGUUAAACAGUCUUCUCCAAAUGGACCCCUAUCUCAAAAGCUACCAGAAGGACUUCGAGAGGAGGUACGGCCUGCUUGGGAAGCAGCUGGCUGCCCUGGAGGAAAGGGAGGGUGGCAUCGACCAGUUCACCCGGGCCUACGAGACCUUCGGAGUCCAGCGUCGUCAUGACAACAGCCUGGUGUUCUUUGAGUGGGCCCCGGCUGCGGAGGCCCUCUUCCUGGCCGGGGACUUCAACGGAUGGGACAAAUUCUCCCACCGCUACACCAAGCAGCCAUUCGGGAAGUGGGAGCUGGUCAUCCCGGCCAAGGCGGACGGGUCCCCGGGGUUGGAGCACGGCUCCAAGCUCAAGGUGGUGGUCCACACCGAGAACGGAGAGCGUCUCUACCGCAUCUCUCCCUGGGCUAAAUACGUGACGCAGCAGGAGAACGCUCGGGUCUAUGACUGGGUGCACUGGGACCCCCCCGAGCCCUACACACCUGUCCACAAGCGGCCGGACAAGCCCAGGAGCCUGCGGAUCUACGAGUGCCAUGUGGGCAUUGCCUCCCCUGAGGGGAAGGUCGCCUCAUACAGCAAUUUCACCGCAAAUGUGCUGCCACGCAUCAAGGACCUGGGUUACAACUGCAUCCAGAUGAUGGCUGUGAUGGAACACGCGUACUACGCCAGCUUCGGAUAUCAGAUUACAAGCUUCUUCGCAGCUUCCAGCCGCUACGGCACCCCCGAGGAUCUGAAGCGUCUGAUCGACGCGGCCCACGCCCUGGGCAUCGUGGUGCUGCUGGACAUGGUCCACAGCCACGCCUCCAAGAACACGGAGGACGGCCUGAACCGCUUCGACGGCUCCGACUCCUGCUUCUUCCACGCGCCCCCCAGGGGCCAGCACAGCCUGUGGGACAGCCGCCUCUUCAACUACUCCAGCUGGGAGGUGCUGCGUUUCCUGCUGUCCAACCUUCGCUGGUGGAUGGAGGAGUACCGCUUUGACGGCUUCAGGUUCGAUGGGAUCACCUCCAUGCUCUACCAUCACCACGGCAUCGCCGUAGGUUUCUCGGGCGACUACAGCGAGUAUUUCGGUCUGCAGGUGGACGAGGACUCUCUGGUCUACCUGAUGCUGGCCAAUCACAUCCUGCACACGCUGUACCCCACCUGCAUCACCAUCGCAGAGGAUGUCUCUGGGAUGCCAGCUCUCUGCCGCGGUGUGGAGGAAGGGGGGCUGGGCUUUGACUACCGCCUGGCCAUGGCCGUCCCUGACAAGUGGAUCCAGAUCCUGAAGGAGUUCAAGGAUGAAGACUGGGAUAUAGGAAACAUCAUCCACACACUCAUCAACCGGCGCUACGGGGAGAAGUGCAUCGCCUACUCCGAGAGCCACGACCAGGCGCUGGUGGGAGACAAGACGCUGGCCUUCUGGCUCAUGGACAAGGAGAUGUACACCAACAUGAGCUCCCUGGUCCCCAUGACCGCCGUCAUCGACCGAGGCAUCCAGCUGCACAAGAUGAUCCGCCUCCUCACGCACGCCCUCGGAGGCGAGGGCUACCUCAACUUCAUAGGAAAUGAGUUUGGCCACCCAGAGUGGCUGGACUUCCCCCGGGAAGGCAACAACCAGAGCUACCACUACGCCCGGCGCCAGUUCGACCUGCUGGAGGCUGCCAAACACCUGCGCUACGUCCAGCUCUACGCCUUCGACCGCCACAUGAACCUCACCGAGGACGCGUACGGCUGGCUGGCUGCGCCGCCGGCGUACGUGAGCACCAAGCAUGAAGAGGAUAAGGUCAUCGUGUUCGAGAGGGCGAAGGUGGUGUUCAUCUUCAACUUCCACCCCACCAGAAGUUACCAGGACUACACCGUCGCAGUCGAGGUGUCCGGGAAAUAUACCAUCAAGCUGGACUCUGAUGACGUUCAGUUCGGCGGACACGGAAGACUGGACCAUCACACCGAGUUCUUCACCAAACCUCAGGACUUCAACGGGCGCUCCAACGUAAUGCAGGUCUACAUCCCCUGCAGAGCGGCGCUGGUCCUGGUCAACGAUGAGAUAGAUUACAGUUAUUAGGGUGGUGAUGGGGGCCCGGGGGCCCCGUGCCGGGGGCCUGAAGAGGCAGAGAAGGGGGGGGUGAUUGUCCUCCCAGAGUCCAGAUUCGGAGAUGGGUCCGGGGCCUCAGUCUGAGGGAUAACAACUACCUAGUGUCUGAGGGUCAGCCGGGCAAACCUUCCCCCCACCGCAGCCUUUGUUGCACACAGUGUGAACACACACUCACACACUAAUAUUCACAGACAAAGACUAACACACGCACGCACACACACACACACACACACACACACACACACACACACACACACACACACACACACACACACACACACACACUUAUACGCUCACACAUACACGCCCACUAAUAUGCACCCACUUGGACAGGCACACACACACACACACACACACACACACACACACACACACACACACACACACAUUAUCACGCACACGCAUACACAUACAUAAAAAAACACACAAAAACACAUCCUGUCGCACAUACCCUCCCUCGCCUCCAACCCUCCCUGCAAUUUUGUAUUCCUCAUAUCCUGCAGGUGUUUUUGUGUGUGUGUGUGUGUGUGUGUGUGUGUGUGUGUGUGUGUGUGUGUGUGUGUGCGUGCGUGUGCGUGUGCGUGUGUGUGUGUGUUUGUGUGUGUCCUCCAAACACAACCUGCAGCCCUACUAUAACGGUGUCAGAACCCAUUGAGUCCAGAUCGGUGGUCCUAGGAGGCGGAGAGGGAGGGUCAAUGACCGCGCCACAGCCACCAGGCAGACGCCAGUCACCAUCUGCAGGCUGCGUGCAUCCGGCUGCGCCGCUGGUGCACGUGGCCGGCGCUCACUGCACGCGCCCAGUACAGCGGGACCACCACAACCUGAAACAAGACAUGUUUUUGCUAAUAUGUGGAAAAAUCAUUUUUCAAAAACCCAAAUGUUUUAGACACAGACACACACACACACACACACACACACACACACACACACACACACACACACACACACACACACACACACACACAUCUCUGUUCAGCAUGAUCUACAUUCUAAUCCCAAUUGAAUGCAACUUUUUCCUUUUGUUUUGGGUUUGCUAAAAAUGCUGUCUUAUUUAAUUGUGAUGUGCAGAUUAUUAUAAACAGACAGAUAUACAUGCGCACACUUGCAGACAAAGACAUGCACACCCUCAAUUCAGCAGGAAAAAGCAGAGAGGGAAAAAUGUUAUUUUAGAGUUUUAUUUUGGUUACCAAUUGAAUUGACAAUUGUUAUUUUUAUUAGUGAUAAAUAUUCUAAUUGUGGGUUUAAGUGUUGAUACAAAUAAGCUUGCAUGAUGGCGUGUGUGUGAGUGAGUGCUUAUGUGCUGUUGGCAGCACUGCACUUGAUGUGAAGGGGUUCAUGUUGGAGGUUGACUCACGCCACUGUUAGACUCACGCUGUGCGAGUUUAGCAGGAUUAGGAGCAGGGAAGAUUUGUAUGAAGUAAUAAGCUACUCGGAACCAUGAUACCAUACCAACAGAGGUACCUGAUUCAGCUCCAGUGGCUUUCCUUAAUCAUUGUAUCUACGAGGAGCCCUCAUGUAGUCCUUCAUAACCCCAACGCUAACUCAUUACAGCCAUGAUUUGCAGCGAAAGAGAUCUGAUCAAAUCGGCACACGCCACACGAUGCAGGCAGGAGUUAAAAAUACUCUACUCUGGUGUUUUCUCAAGAUAAAUCUCAAUGUGAACAGACAUUCUGCACUUUGUUUAUUUCUCUAUGAAGCACUGUGCAUAUUUCUUUGUCAUUUUGAAACAUUUCAGUGAUAAAUCGUCGUAGACUGCACUUUCUGAGAAGUUUUGAUGCUGGGGAAUUUAUAUUAAGGUGUUAUUAAUUUGAAUUGUUUAAAAAGAGCAUAUGACUCAUAUUAUUUAAUCAUGUAGAUGGUACACCUAUAGCAGGCCUAUUCUUGCACAGAUACUUUUGAUUGGUUACUUAGACGCUGAUUGGUUUACCAUUCCCAGGACACUGAUGUAACUAUGAGGGUUAUUAGAAGACCCAGGUGGCUUUGUAAAUUCACAGACACUGAAACAAACGGCCUUCAUCUUUUUCAAUUAUCUCUUAUCUCUCCCUGUGUCUUUCUCUUACACACACACACACAGUAACACACACGCACACAGGCGCAAAUACUCUGAAGCUAAGAGUUUGGUCUCUGCAAACUUCAUCGCACCUUCCGUGUAACCCUAAUUCAGUCGUGUGAAAGUAAAGCUGCUUUGGCAAUUUUCCCGUUCCCAUUUACACAGAUGUGUGAAAAGGCUGAGAGAGCCACAGUGAGAGGGGGGGGGGGGGGGGGGGGAUAGGGGAUAGGGGACGGACCACAAGAGAGAGAGGAGAAAAGAGAAAGAUGGAGAAUACAUUGAAAUGGAUAAACAACAUGGUGUCUGAGUGCUGCUAGUCUUUGCUCACUGAGAUAACGGAGUAGGCCACAGCCCAAGGUUACUGUGCCUCUUGAUGCUAAACACGGAGGCCUCAAUACAAUUGAUCUAUAUUGUGUGGUCUGUCCAUUCUGUCCAGAUGUGUGUACGAGUGUCCUUCCGUACAGAUGAAGAAGAGAGGGUGCCGUCUGUAUUCAGCUAUGCCCUCCCAUGUUUGGGCUGCAGUGUUUGCAUGAAUCUGGUUUUCACUAGUAACUUGUCGUAUGCCCCAAUCAUCAAACCCUAAUAUAUAAUACCCUAAAAUAAACUGGAACUGUGAUGCACCGUCA